AUGCCAGGAUUCACUUGCUCCGAAUGCAACCAGCUUAUAUCACAAACAACAAAAGGGCUGAUAUGGCACUUGAAAAACGAGCACGUGUUGGUAAAUGGGUGGAUGUUUACAAGAUCUGUUAAAUGUGGCCAAGAUGGUUGCCUGCGUACUUUUCGCUACCCUAAAGCUUUAGGAAGGCACAUUGAAUCUGAACAUGUCCUUGUAAGAAAUGGAGAAUUUAAUGAGAACAUGGAAGAAGAUGGUGAAGACCAAUUACCUGCAUUGGAUCCUCAAGUCCAUGUAGAUCAGGAAGAGUUUUCAUUAGAUGUCACCAAUUCAGCUGCACUAUUUUUGGCCAAGAUGAAAGCCUCGAGCAGCGCUGUGCAAUCAACGGUUGACCACGUUGUGGCCGGAAGCACAGAGCUAUUUUCUAACAUUAUUAGCAGGUUAAAAUUUAAGACCGAGCAGUAUUUGACCAGUCAAAAUAUCGAUCCUGAUGAUCCAGAGAGAGAAAACCUCAUGGCCAUUUUUGACCAGUGCGAAAAUCCAUUUGAAAAUUUAGAGACUGCAUACCAACAGCAAAAAUACUUUGAAAGUAGUGGUUAUUUUGUAACGCCACGUGAAAUUCCAGUGGGUGUCGCUUACCAUCCCCGAUAUAAUCGCGAUACAGGCCAUGUAGAACAAGUUGCCAAGCAAGUUACAUUCCAAUACAUUCCACUGCGUGAUCUUUUGAAAUGCAUUCUCGAAAGCAAGGGAUUUAUGAACGCAAUAACUGAGCAUCACCCUAGUCAAGAUGGCGUAAUGAGAGACUUUCAUGAUGGUGAUUUCUGCAAAGAACAUGAAUUUUUCUCCAAGGAAAAUACCAUCAAAUUACUUCCGUUCGUUGACGAUUGUGAAGUGGCGAAUCCUCUAGGCUCGAAGGCCGGUUUACACAAGAUAACAAUGGUCUACUUCAUCAUAUUGAAUUUACCUCCAAAAUUUCGUUCUUCUCUAAACAACUGUUUUCUACUUUCUCUCUUCAAUGCUGGUGAUGUGAAAACAUAUGGUUAUGCUCCUUUCUUACAACCACUUGUUGAUGAUAUCAAAUUUCUCGAACAGGAGGGACUCUCCAUUACCACCAAUGAUUUUGAAGGAACUGUCUAUGCUGGAAUCGCUCAAGUAACAGGCGAUAACCUUGGAGUGAACGGUAUUUUAGGAUUCGUGGAGAGUUUCGUUAGCAAUCAUUAUUGUAGGCAUUGCAACAUGCAUAGGAACGAGAUGCAGGGUAGUUCGACAGCUUGCCAGGAACAACUUCGUAGUGUCCAUGAAUAUGAAGAAGACUUGGAACUCAACAAUUACACAGAGACAGGUAUUAAAUCAUAUUGUAUUUUCAACGAAGUUGAAAACUUUCAUGUCACCACCAACUAUGCACCAGACAUCAUGCACGAUUUGCUGGAAGGUGUUUGUGGCCUCGAAGUGUAUCUAGUACUAGCGCAAUUAAUUCGCGAAGACCUAUUUGACCUGGAUUUAUUAAACAGCCGCAUCACCAGUUUCGAUUAUUCAGCAACCGAUUCGAAAAACAAGCCAAGUCCAAUUUCAAACAACAGAUUACAACAACCAGACGGUGCGUCCGGGCAAACGGCUUCACAGAUGUGGUGUCUUGUUCGGAACCUUCCUCUUCUCAUUGGUGACAAAGUUCCUGAAGGACAUCCAUUCUUUGAACUCCUUCUUCUGCUCAUAGAAUGUAUGGAUUUCAUAUUUUGUCCCGAGAUUACAACGGAGGAAACAUACUUCGUAAAGCACCUUAUAAAAGAGCACCAUGAGUACUUUCUCGAGAUAUUUCCAGAUCGCACACUCAAACCAAAGCAUCACUUCAUGACCCAUUAUCCCCAUCAGAUGCGACUUUUGGGACCAUUAAUUAAUUUUUGGACGAUUCGAUUUGAAGCAAAACACCGAUUCUUCAAACGCUUAGGCCAUAUUGUAUGUAAUUUUAGAAACAUUUUGAAAACCCUGAGUUUCAGGCAACAAAUGUUUCUCUGUUAUAAUAUUAUGAGCGGACGAGACCUUGCAGAAAUAGACUUGGAAGUCGGACCUGGAUCACAAGAGAUGGUUGAAUCAUUGGAUGGAGCAGAUUUGAUUGUCAGAGCUUUGGGGGUCCACAUGUUUGAUAUGGUUUACGUUGCAAAAUGGUGUGUGCUUCAUGGUAUUAAAUAUAGCAAGAAUCUUUUGGUUAUUACUGGAAAAAGUGAUGAUAUGCUUCCCGUGUUUCAACAGAUUCUUUAUGUCAUUGUUUGUGAAAAUAAUGGAGUACACCUUCUAACACAGGGAUGGAAAACAAUCGAGUACCAUCGACAUACUCAUUCGUACGCGAUUGAACAGCCGAAUAACCCCUUGUACUCGUUCAUUUCUGUAAAUGAUUUGUACGAUUAUUUCCCAUGUCAUGCCUCAGAAUCCUACAAUGAAGAAGACUUGCAAUCUCAUGUCGUACUUCGUCACCGCAUUCCUUGAAACCGCUCGUCAUCUGAGAAACCUUCGUAAUAAAUUAAACUAACAAUAAGAAGGACUAAAAUGUAUGUGCAUCACAUUUACCGAAUUAGGUAUGAAUGACUUGACCGAAUAUAUGUUAAUUCCAUAUUUGUUAACUAGGCCUGAUAAAAAUCCUAUUGAAGAUUCUUAUAGGUGUAUAGGCUUUAAUUUAGUAGUAGCAUAUUUUGUGUUCUGAAUUUAUUGAACUCGUAGAUAUACUGCUACGGUGUAAAAUUUAUUAAAUAUUUUGAAAGUAAAUGUUGAUUUUGAACAAUGCAAAAAAAACUCUUUACGAUUGCUAUAAUUGCAUAAUCAGUUUACUUACAAUGUUAAUAUUUCAUCCUAUCUAGGCACCUGCAAGCCCCGAACAUCUUGAUCAACCCAUCGAAAAUGAACAAAAGCGGCCUCUAGCUAUCGACCAGGCACUUUCUGAGAGCGCUAGCACUCAAAACGUUCAACCAACAAAGAAAUCGAGGAUGAAUUUUGUAAGUAUGGACACAAGAACGACAAUGAAUUGCGAUACACAGCUUUGAAAUGCUUUCUUCUUUCCACCAAAGAAUGUCAGAUCAAUUUUGGAAGAGUCGGAAAUUGGAGUACAAGUGAUUAGUGAACUGGAUACUGAUAUAUUAAGCAGAAAAAGCAGAAUCAAGAUGGUUCAGAUACUGGUUGCUUACAUAAUUAAUCGCUUUGGAGAGAGGUGUGUGAAAUUUGUCAUCAAAAUGUACUUUCUUUCAAAUAAUCUGUGUGUAAUUACAGGCACAUAGCCAAUAUUGUCCAGCUUGAAAAAUAAAACUGGGAUAUCUCUUAAUAUAGACCCCAUGCAGACGUUAAAAUCCAGAUGGCAAAGUCAGUGGUAGAGGAGUUCCCUUUCCUUAAAGAUGAAGAGGGUCAAGGAUAUGUAAGUAUGUUGUUGUAAAUAUCUGGGGCCAGUUGUAUAAAGGUCGGAUAGCGCUAUCCACAGGAUAGUCAAAUUUUCAACCCGCAUAAAAGUGCUUUAAAAGCUAUAAAACUACUGAUAUAGAGCCCACAAAUGAUAAAAGAAACUCCAAUUUAUAAAUAUAUUAAGAUUUAAUCUGGGUUAUACAAGAAAACAGCCAGUUUUGGAAAGCUUCAAAAAAUCACUAUCCGGUGGAUAGCGCUAUCCGGGCUUGAUACAACUGGCCCCUGAAUGUGUAAUGUCGAAUCGAGAGUGUCUUAACGGAGUCCGUCUUGACGCCAUCAUCAGGUUAUAAAGUGGAACAUAAUAAUUAACUGUAUUUCUUUGAAUAUAGGAAGCGUGGUACACAUCAGGAAAGGGAACUCAUUCUGCUACAGGAUGGUUGGAAGAACGACUCCGAAAUGUAAGGAGAAAGAGUGUUAAACACCGUCCAACUGAAAAAGAUCUGAAUACAGCUUCAACCUCAUUAACACACCUGACAACAUCUUUACCAGGUUGAUUUCGUUCAUUUAAAAUUAUCCUAUUUGGGGUUAAUUUCCAUGAUGGAUAUAUUAAAUUGUGUCUUCAUCUGUUUUCGAAUAGAUUCUGUUUUGAAUGAAUCAGACCAUAAUGGGAUGAAGGAGUGGAUGAAAGCAAACUUAGAACCUUUAUCAACUUUAAAGAACUAUAUGGAAAAAACGGUUUUAAACCGAGCAGAAUGGAUAAGGAAAACCCCAGAUCUUCCAAUGCGAGAAGUUAUGAAGGAAUACCCACGUCUUUUCGAUACCCCUGGCAUGGUACUGUAAAAUUUUGAAACAUUCCUGGAAUUAUGUAUAUACAUUAUUUAUACAAAUUCGUUUUUAUUACUAAUAUUUUAGGUGGAAAUAGACUUUAGAACACUAUACGCAGAUGUUGCAGAGAACCUCUUUCUGCGAUUGACACCACCAAUUGUGGAGAAGAUUAUUUCGUAUGCAGACACACAAGCAGAGAAGUGGACGACGUACUUGCACAUGAUUCCAAGGAAUUUGAAAUCUGGUAAGAAAAGUAUAAUAACUAGCUAGUAUAGGAAAUGGUUUCGCAUCAAAGGUCUAAAUUCAGUUUUCAAAUUGAAAGCAGUGGUUCAAAAUAAACUUUAUAGAUGAAGAGAGAAAAAAUGCAGCAAUUGGUCUUCUUCCAUGCGUGUUCCCAACUGGAAGAAAGAAUAGAAAACGAUGUACAAUUGAUGAAGCUUUGAGUGCUUUUAUCGAUUGCCAACCGGUAUGCAUUAUCAUAUGUCAUUUAAAGUAUGAUAACUCGGAACAUUGCGUAUAAAGGUCUAAAAUAUUUCUCAUAUUUAGGUUGGUACAAACAUGCCAAAAUAUUUAGAAGAAGCUCCAAGAUGCCCGUUUGUUUUGGCAAUCGGUAAUCGCUACAACCCAACACAAGUUUUUGUUAUCAUCGAAGGCCAGGGCUUGGAGCAGCCUAAUCUUACGAAGGCAAUUGAUGUUUGUUUUAAAGUAUUUUACAUCCUGGAUAUUAAUUAUCCUUGGCAAUGCUCUUCGUCGUGGGAAUUCAUACAAAAAGUUCUCUAUGGCAUCGAAGAUAAGGUGAAAGGAAAGACAACCCCAGCUGUUGUUGCAAUGAGAGCAGCUUUAAAGUAA